GGCAGUGCAGAAAAAAGCCUGUCGAGAAAGAAGGUGUACCAAGAGCGACGGGCAAGCGCCAAGAAAACUCGGAUUAACGCAUACAACAGAUCACAGCCGCUCAACUCCAACUUCGCUUUUCCUUGACUUCAACGCUCAACGGACCAACCCAUCCAUCCUCAGCGUCCUCCCAUCCUCCCAUCCUCCCGCCAUCCCACCUCCGCAUCUUCGUCCUCGCGAUGCCCGCUCUCGCCAACACCACGCGUGCGCUCGCCCGCUCGUGGACGGCGCACCAAUUGCCCGUCGCGCGGGCGUCGUGCGCCUUGAUUCAGACCCGCAACGUCUCCGAUGCCCACGCCACUCCGUCCUUCGACAGCCCCUUCAAGGGUGCCGCGACUUCGACCAAGAUCCCCAGCUUUGCCGCGUACAGGACCAAGGGUGGCGAGCAUGGACCGAAGCUGUUCCAGUACUUCAUGGUCGGCACCAUGGGAGCUCUGUCUGCGAUGGGAGCAAAGGCGACUGUGCAAGAUUUCCUCGUCAACAUGUCUGCCUCCGCCGACGUUCUGGCUCAGGCCAAGGUUGAGAUCGAUCUCGCUGCCAUCCCGGAGGGCAAGAACGUCAUCAUCAAGUGGCGAGGCAAGCCCGUCUUCAUCCGUCACCGCACCGAAGAGGAGAUCAAAGAGGCAGAAGACACCAAGUGGGAAGCCCUCCGUGAUCCUCAGCCCGACUCAGACCGUGUCAAGAAGCCCGAGUGGCUGAUCAUGUUGGGUGUUUGCACCCACCUGGGAUGCGUGCCCAUUGGCGAGGCCGGCGAGUUCGGCGGCUGGUUCUGCCCCUGCCACGGUUCCCACUACGACAUCUCCGGCCGCAUAAGGAAGGGACCCGCCCCGCUCAACCUCGAGAUUCCCCAGUACGAUUUCCCAGAGGAGGGCAAGGUCGUCAUUGGUUAAGGGAAUCCCGCUUUUGUAAAUAUAGAGGCAUGGUCUUGGUGUCUGGUGGAGCGUCGUGUGUCGUUACCGAAGUGUAACAAGUCGAAUUUCCUUACAGAAACUUCCGUCACUGCAUGAUAUAGAUCCCAUAUGUGUAGUAGGAAUGUAUCAUCACAGGUCCCUAUGUUCAAGAACCAU